UGCCACCUGCCAGUGCCCAUCAGUGCCACCCAUCAGUGCCACCUAUCAAUGCCAAUCAGUGCCACCUAUCAGUGCUGCCAAUCAGUGCUGCCUAUCAGUGCCAGUCAGUGCCGCCUAUCAGUGCCAGUCAGUGCCGCCUAUCAGUGCCAGUCAGUGCCACAUAACAGUGCAAGUCAGUGCCACCUAUCAGCGCCAUAUAUCAGUGCCAUAUAUCAGUGCUGCCUUUUAGUGCCCAUCAGUGAUGCCUGUCAAUGCCCAUCAGUGCCACCUACCAAUGCCUCCUCAUCAGUGCUCUUCAGUGCCACCUAUCAGUGUCCAUCA